AUGGCUGUUGAAUACUCUGGCAUGAGCGGCAAGAUCACUCAUGGGGAUGUGAAAGUUUAUGAUGCAUGUUGUUACUAUGGAGCUCUCAUUGUAGCUGCCCUUGGUGGUGCAAAGAAAAAUGAAUUAACCAGUCAAACAUUCUACGAUGAUCACUUGGCAUGGUUCGGUAAUCGAGCUCUUCAUCCUGACGUUAUGGCGAUAGCUCGAGGUUCUUACCAAAGAAAAGGUGGCUACGACGAUGGAAUUCGAGGAAAGGGAUAUAUUAUCAAUGCUCUAGAAGCAGCUUUAUGGGCAUUUUGGAGUGAUGAGGGUUCAUUUGAGAAAGGUGCACUUAAUGCAGUGAAUCUAGGCGAUGAUACAGACACAACAGCAGCUAUCUAUGGUCAAUUAGCUGGUGCUCAUUAUGGAUACAAAAAAAUACCAGAAAAAUGGUUGAAAGAAAGUUCAACAAGUCAAUGA